AUGCGGCCCCUCACAGAAGCAGAAACGGAAACGCUCUUCAAGAAGCUUGCCGACUAUACGGGAAAUUCUUUGAAGAAUCUCAUCGCCCCCGUCGACAACUCCCCCAAAGCCGACCGCAUCGUCUUUCGUUUAGGACAAGGCGACCGCGUCUAUGCUGUUCUUCUUUCCAUAGCGAACCUAGCGACGUCCUUCUCGCGCGAGAAGAUCCUGAGCCUCGGAACCUGUAUCGGGAAAUUCACAAAAUCUAAGAAAUUUCGCUUGCACAUCACAGCUCUGCCGAUUAUCGCGCCGUUCGCCAGGCACAAAAUCUGGAUCCGACCGAACGGUGUCAUGCCCUUCCUCUACGGCGGCAACGUCGUCAAGGCCCAUAUCGGCCGCUUCUCCGAGGAUUGCCCGGAGCACCAGGGUAUCGUCGUCUAUAGCAUGGACGACGUGCCGCUCGGCUUUGGCGUCACCGCUCGCAGCACUGCCGAGUCUCGGCGGUUGGAUCCGACUGGUGUCGUGUGCUUCCGACAGGCGGAUAACGGAGAGUACCUGCGCGACGAAGAUAAUCUUUUCGCUUCUGGAUGA